UAUGGGUUACGCUUUCUUUACAGCCCGUACAUUCUGCAAGAAGAAAGCUUACAAGAUCUGGAUAAUUUUCGCCAUCUGUAUAGUGGUGUCCUUGCUGGUUGUCCUGGCGUAUCCUGACACCCAGGGGUCCCGAGUCAUGCACGUUCCCCAUCAACUGACGCUGGGUCACGAGAACAGCAAUCACGGCUUAAUGGAGACAUCAUCCCACCAUUCCAGCGUCAAGCUCCCGAGUGUGACACCUCUCACCAAACGUGUGUCGUCUUUUACAAACCCGUCCACCGGAGACCCCGGAGCCAUGGGAGGUAAGGCAGAGGCACGACGGCCAAAUACCGAACAGAGACGGCCUCCGGCUAACAAUUUGGUCGUGGGUUCACCACGACACAGAAAUGUCUAACCCUAGCCAGUCUACAGGCUGGUCGUCCAAGGACAUUAUAUAGAAGUAAUAUAUGAUAUCAUUGGUCCGUCUGGACAUUGACAUCAUCGUGAAAUAGCUACAAACCACUAUCUUCCUAUCAAUAAGGUGUGACAAUUUCUUAAGUAAUUUGAAGAAACCGCGAUCAAGCAAUAGGCGCGUUCAAUGGAAUCUGGUCGUCCUUGUUGCUGAGGCUUACCGAGCAUCUGAUAAUGUGAGCAAUUGUGAAUCCAGUAGAACAUCAAAUAGCAGAAUACAGCUUUGAGGUCAUACCUUCCCAUUGCUCUAUUUCACAAUGGUUUGGGAGAAUUCAAAUGUAGCACCUACACUCAUAGAGCGUACAGUUCCUCAGAAUGAACUUCCUGGUUCUCUUUACACUAGUGUUAAUACGGGUGAAGCCCAUGGACGUCAUUAUAGGGAUUCACAGCGACCGCAUUGACAGCGUUGUGACCAUGCACGCAUAGAGAGAGUGUUCUCUGGAACCAAUGAGCAUAAGCACUGCACCUUUUCUAAUCUUUAUUGUUGAUCCUCGACGCAGUAAUUAAUAGUUUUUGAUUGUAUGUAGCCGUUUCC